GGUGACCGCCCGGUGAGAAGAGUCAGGCUGUAGAACAUGUUAUGGCAGCUUGGUUAUGACUGGCAAUCGUUUGAUGAUGAAGCAUUUUUAAUUCACGCGUUCUGAAAAAAAGUCUCUUUAGACAAGGUAAGAACUUGUCAGGGAAACGGUCUGCUUGUUCUUUGUGCGCCAGUGCGCAGAGACGCACGCGCCACUCACACGCGGGCGGGCGAGACGCAGAGGCACAGCUCUCACAUCCUCCGAGCGCCCGAUGACUUAAUUUGUCGCACAGUUUUCGUGCGCUCGUACUUCUCGAAUUAUUUCGCUCUGUUCGCACCUGGAUCCCCGCAAUGGAGUUUUCCACUCUUCUCCCGGACUAUUUCAACUCGGUCUCAGUAACUCCUUUCAAUGUUACGCGCUCUGAGGAUCUGCUUUCCAUUCCUGGCAACGAGGCCAACAAGGACAGAAGACUUGUCAUCCACGUUUGCAUCACGGCUCUCUACUCUCUCAUCUGCGUGGUGGGACUGGUGGGAAACGUGCUUGUAAUGUACGGGGUGGUCAGGUACACGAAGAUGAAGACAGCCACAAACAUUUACAUCUUCAACUUGGCUCUGGCCGACGCUCUCGCCACCAGUACCCUUCCUUUCCAGAGUGCCAAGUACCUGAUGAGCACGUGGCCGUUUGGGGAGCUCCUGUGUAAAGUGGUGAUAGCCAUCGACUACUACAACAUGUUCACCAGCAUCUUCACGCUCACCAUGAUGAGCGUGGAUCGCUACAUCGCUGUGUGUCAUCCGGUGAAGGCCCUGGACUUCCGCACGCCCGCCAAAGCCAAGCUCAUCAACGUCGCCAUCUGGAUCCUCUCCUCUGCUAUCGGAGUCCCCGUGAUGAUCAUGGCUGUUACCAAGGUGACAGAAGAAGGAGUCACUUCGUGCUCUCUUGGAUUUCCUAAACCGGAAAGGUACUGGGACACGGUGACAAAAAUCUGUGUAUUUAUUUUUGCUUUUGUGGUGCCCGUCCUGGUCAUCACCAUUUGCUAUGGGCUGAUGAUCCUGCGUCUUAAGAGUGUCCGUCUGCUUUCUGGCUCCAAAGAGAAGGACAAGAACCUGCGGCGGAUCACCCGGAUGGUCCUGGUUGUCGUGGCGGUUUUCAUAAUCUGCUGGACUCCCAUUCACAUCUUCGUCAUUGUCAAGACCGCUGUGAAAAUUGACCGCGAGAAUCUCCUGACCAUGGCCUGCUGGCAUAUUUGCAUAGCUCUGGGCUACACCAACAGCAGUCUGAACCCUGUGCUGUAUGCCUUGAUGGAUGAGAACUUCAAAAGGUGCUUCAGGGAUUUCUGCCUGCCCUAUCGCUCCCGCCCGGAGCAGAGCAGCUUCUCCAGAGUCCGCAACAGCAUGCGGGAGCCCGCGUCCGUUUGUGCCCCUGCGCCGACAGCGAAGCCGCCCGCCUGACUAGGUAUGGAUCAGCUGGGUGGGAGAGCAGUGCAUGAUGACCUCCAGACUGAAGUCACUCAGUUCUCCACCACAGGAGUCUGAAUUUAAACAUGCAGGCUUCUGAGCUGCUGUUUAAAUGAAUGAUUGAUUGUUUUUUCCGUUUCAUAUAAUGAAACUUUUAUGUGUCACUAGGUUCUGGGGUGGGGGUUAUUUCAGGACAAUCACAAACAUCCCCGUGUGUCCCUGUGUAUGAUAAUAUGUAUUUAAAAAUGCAUAUAAAUUAUUGCAGUGUUAAAAAAAUACACACCAAUAAUGCACCUAUCUCAACAGUACAUGCGCACUGGAAAGCCAAAAAGCUGACUUUUAGCUUUAACUAUGUUUGUGGGAUUUCACAUCCAUAUUAGGUAAACAAUGGGAGUCAUUGCCCCAUGUGUGCUCAGUCCAUAAAUUAGCAGGAUUUCCAGCAGGACAUUGAUCCUAAGCAUACAGACAUUGCCAGCAAGGUGUCUUUUUAUGGCCAAGCGGUGGCGAUUGUAUGAUUGGCCGAGUCAGUCAGCUGACCACAAUCCAAAAAGAUCAUAUGUUUUCCUUACUGAAAACCAGACCGACUGAUGAUGCCAGUCGUUGCUGGCAGAGCAAACACUGCUGUCUCCUCACAUCUGUGGAGCACAGACUUUCACUGAUUUACAGACAAAUAUCAGACCUGAGAACUUUAUUGAUUGACGCUUGUUAUUCAUCUAACACUAAAAUUGUGGGAUCGUUUCAUAAAAGGGCUACCAAUCUGUUAAUCUUACACACAAACCGGUUUCACCCCGAAGGUUGAUUUGAUAAAGCUCUUUCAAAGCUGGUGACCGUUUUAGCCAAUGUGCACUCUGCCACGUUAACUGGCCAUGUCAUCAGAGUGAGGUAGAGGUUCCUUUUUCUUUGGCGUUUUUGUUGGAAGUCUACUAAAAAGUGUCUCAACAACUGUUCAGCACUAGUUUUCUAACAUCUUAUUUUUUCAUUUACAAAUGUUUAUUCUUGCAAUUUAACAAUUAGAAAUUGCAUGUUUAUUCUCUUUCGUUAGCUCUGUUAGCUAGUAAAACCUCCACUAUCUUAUUGCUGUUGAGGUGAGUGAUAGUUCUCCGUGGGCUGGUCACUAAAAGCAGAUUCUUUCAUGUCAACACGUUUAAAAACUCACUAAUAUCAUGAAUGUUAGGUUGAGGCUUUAUUUGCUUUCUGUCGGUGAUAUUUGAACUAGCAGAUGUUUUGCAUAAGGAAAGAUGCCGGUUAAAGAGAUAUCAAAAAACAUGACAAUACUGCCUUCGUGAUUAAGCAGCGAUGACUGUUUGGCUGACUCAAUGUUUCCGCUCCUGUAGCAGUUAGGCAAUAACCAAAAAGCUGUUCAGCUGGCAGAUGGGUGACAAGCUGAAGGGGACAGUGGAAAUGCAGUGGAAAUGCUGUUUCAAGUCAGCGAUAGAUCACUAAAUAGCCUCAAAUUGACCUGGAGGAAAAUCUGAAUUAGAUCAAAUGCAUUAGUGGGCAGGAAGAAUCUUCCUAAACAUAUUAAACCUAAUGGACAAUUUUCCAGUGAUGAUUGCUGGACAUUUACACAAGAGAGAGAAUCCAAAUUGAUGCCUCUCAUUUUGAUAGUGCAGCAAUGUAGUGUUGCUUUGGCAGUAUUGUGUAUAUACACGAGUACGAACUAUGUCAGAUGUGUACAUAAUAUCACGGUGUAAUGAUAUUUUUCAGUAUUUUCAAUGUGAUUUAUUUUAUUUCAGUGUGCUGUUUAGCUGUCGUACCAUCGAGUCAAAUCUGAUAUAACUAUAUACACAUAGUUAAAAUGUGAGGAGAAGUAUUCCAGAUCUUGAAAGGAAAUAGGUCUCUGUCUCCUGUCUGGACAAUCUCUAACUGGGUUUUUUAUAGGCACAGUAAAAAUGUCCUGCAGUGUGGAUGAUAGUAUUUUCAGCUGAAUGAAAGUAAGUAAUGCCUUUUUCAACUUGUGUUUCAGUG